CUCCCAACGAUUCUCCAGAAAUAAUUUUGAAAAAAAAAAAAGAAGAAAAAAAACCUCCAAUGAUGGAAAAGAACAAUUGAAUCUGGGCUGUUUUUCUUUCUGCAAAGCAUUUUCCUUUCUCUCUCUCUCCCUCAAAAAACCCUUAUCAACCUUUGGUACCUUUAGAAAUUAGAACUUUGUUUUUCCUUUAUCCUUUUUUUUGGGUUCCAAAUUAUGUCAAAGGGCUCUUGAUCUUCUGGACAUUUGCUUUUUCGCAGGUUUUCUCUUGGGCAACUGAGCAACAGUCAUUACAAGAAUUCGACUUUAAUAAAAAAAAAUCAGUAGUGGGCUGAUAUGGGAAGUAAUAGGUUUUUCUUCAUCGAACCAGAUGGAGGCUCUAUGGGCUCUUUCUCUAUGGACCCACUUUUGCCACAAAGUGCCCAUUGGCUAACUCAUAUUGCUUCAAUGGUUGACAAUUCAAGACAUCUUUUCUUGCCCGGAAGUUUGGUUCUUCAGGAUGCUUUCAACUGUAUGUCUAAAUUUGCAUGCGCUUUAGUUUUACGGUUUGGGAGUGGUUCGAAUUGCAAUAUCAACCGUAAGUUGCCUGGGAAUAAUCUUGGUUCUCACUCAAAUGCUUCUUCUACUCAAGUAAAGCACAUUUCCUCUGUAAGACAAGAUGUAAGCAGAUUUUUCUGGAAUUCGAAGCAUAGAAUGAAAUCUGGUAUUCCAGUGGUGUUUGGUAAGGUAUCGAGUUUUGCUUUGAAACAAAUUUGUAAAGAGGCCGAACGUCUUCAGUGUUUUCCAGUGCUAUCAUUAGCGGCUGCAUUAGUGCCGCCAUUUACUAACAUCUCGUCAAAUUUCUUGGCAAUUCCAACAGAAACUAGUUCUGUUGAAGCCCAAAGUUGCAUGGAUCGAAACCCGUGCGAGAUUGAAAAUCGAAUCUGUGGACCUUCGGGUGGUCUUUAUUUUCAGAAUUUAGCUUGGGAUGAUAACAAGACAGUCGAGCCAAGGACAGGUGUCGAGUUCCCGACUAUGUUGGGGGACUUCAUGUCCGGAGAAAGUAAUUCCAGUUUCACUCCUGAGGUACUUGUGGGAACUGGUUCAAGAACAAUGACAAUUAUAAGAAUCAAAACUCUGAAAGUCUAUGCAUUUGCUUUCUAUGUUCACCCAUUUGACGUGUGUGAGAAAUUGGGCUCGAAGUAUGCCUGCAUUCCAGAAGAUGAAUUGAACAAGUGCCAAGAUUUUUAUCGAGAUCUUCUUAGGGAGGAUAUCAACAUGACUAUUAGGCUUGUGAUUAAUUGCAACGGUAUCAAAAUCAAUACUGUGAAAGAUGCUUUUGAGAAGUCUCUUCGAGCCAGAUUAGAAAGGACAAAUCCUCAUGCUGAUUUUAGCUGCCUACAAACUUUCGGUUCCAUCUUUUCGCAGGAUAUUCCCUUGCACGUGGGUACAACAAUUAACUUCCGGCGUACGGCUGAUGGACAUUUGAUUACUGAAGGGGCCUUUUUCGACAUGUACAUUGGCGAAAUUCCAAUCUGUGAGCAAACAAAAGAAGAAAUCGGGAAAAAUGUGGCGAGUAUCAUGAGAAUGUGUUGACUGUACGCCUUCGGCUUGUGAGUCGUCUUGACCGAAUGGUUUAGAUGAUAUAUUUAUAUUCGAUCCUUAGUAGUAUUCAUCUAGUUGUUGUAGAGAGGUUAUACAGACCGGCUUUAGAUAGUCGAAUAUAGGUAGAUCAUGUCCCUUAUAUUUUUAUGGUUCUUUUUUUUUUAUGAUUAAAUCUAUUUCAAUAUUUUAUUCUGGUUACUCUGUUGAAUUUUUUUUUCCAACG